AUGAUUUACACUCGUCUCUUCGCAUCCUUGUGUGCACUCGCCAGCACCGCGGCUGCUUUGACCCCACUUGAAGUCAACGGUAAAGACUUUGUUGACUCGAAGACCAAAGAUCGUUUCCAGAUUAUCGGUGUUGACUACCAGCCUGGUGGCUCAUCCGGCUUCACUAAGAAGCUAGACCCAUUGAGCGAUGCAGAUGCCUGCCUGCGCGAUGCUGCCCUCAUGCAGCGCCUGGGUAUUAACACCAUCCGUAUCUACAACCUGGAACCCUCUCUCAAUCACGAUGAGUGUGCUUCGAUCUUCAACGCCGCCGGUAUCUACAUGAUUCUUGAUGUUAGCAACCCUUUGGCGGGUGGUUAUCUGGACCGCAGCCAGCCAUGGACCACCUAUAGCGCCAUCUACUACAAGCAGGUGUUCGGUGUUAUCGAGGGCUUCAAGAACUACGACAACGUCCUAGGCUUCUUCGCUGGAAACGAGGUCAUCAACGAGGACGCCCAUUACGUGGUUCCUAGAUACAUGCGUGCUGUCGUUCGUGAUAUGAAGGAUUACAUCGCCAAGAACGCUAAGCGUGCUAUUCCUGUGGGAUACUCCGCUGCCGAUAUCCGUGACAUUUUGAUGGACACUAUUCACUACUUUGAGUGUGACCUCAAGAAUUCGACUUCUUCUCGCGCUGACUUCUUCGGCCUCAACUCCUACUCUUGGUGCGGUGACGCUAGCUACAAGACCAGCGGCUUCGAGGACCUAACCGGAGACUUCGCCGAUGCCACUAUCCCCGUUUUCUUCUCCGAGUACGGCUGUAACGAAGUCAAGCCCCGUAUUUUCACCGAAGUGCAGGCCAUUUACGGCGAGGAGAUGACCCAGGCUUUCUCUGGUGGUCUGGUUUACGAAUGGACCCAGGAGGAUAAUGAGUACGGCCUGAUCAAGAUCAAGGACUCUAAAACCGUGACCACUCUGGUCGACUAUGAUAACUUCCAGAAGCAGCUCAACAAGCUCGAUAUGGACCGCAUCAUGUCAAGCAACGCUACCCAGGCCAAUGUCAAGGCUGAGGAGUGCAGUGUUUCACUCAUUACCCGCGCCAAAGGCAGCCAGCCAUUCUACAACGCCUGGGAUCUGCCCGAGGUUCCUCCCAAGGUCGCGGACUACAUUAAGAACGGCCUGCCCGAUGCUCCCGUUGGCAAGUUCGUUUCUGUUUCUUCCACCACCAUCCCCCAGAAGGUGUUUGACCACACCGGCAAGGAGAUCACCAAUAUCAAGUUUGAGGUGAAGAGCGGUGUCAACACCCCCUCUUCUUCCAAUUCCGGAUCGAGUACCUCCAGUUCUUCCUCCUCUGGCUCUUCCUCCAGCUCCGGUUCCUCCAGCUCCGGUACUUCGACCCCUACCAACGCUGCCUCUCUCAAUGGCGCUCCCUCACUUGCCCUUGGUGGUGCAGGAGGUUUCUUCAUGCUGCUUGCAUCCCUUCUGUAA